AUAGCCAUUACAAGGGGCAUGUACGUAGGUCGUUCGGGCGCUUGUUUCAGGGUUUCAUAAUGGGUCCGCUGUGAUCUGCUGUGCAUUUAUUCCCUUGGCGCCCGCCGCUUCUUAUCACUUCAUCCUUUGUACAGUACCAUUUGUUUUCUCUUUCAUCCUCUCUACUAUCUUUCUCUUGUCUAUCUCACCCAUUUCUUGGCUGCUCAAUCUCUUCGUAUCCUGCCAUUGUUCUUGGAAGUGACAGGCGCAUUCGAAUAUUCUCUACAUCUUCAAGUCUUCCACUUCCAAUAUUACAGAUACUAUUUGAUACAAUAUGGCGUUACGACCAUCACUCAUUACACGAGGAAUUUCCACCUCAGGGCCAAGCGACACUGGAUCGCCUGCGCGAGAUGAUGCCAAGAAGAAUAUGUUAAAGGCGAUGCGUCCAUUGCCUACACAACAUUAUUGGAAUAUAUACUUCGAUAGGUCAGUGCUCUUCUUAUAGGAUGUGUGCAUUCUGCGGGUUAUUGACUUGGUACAAUUGCUAACGGAGUACCAAAUAGGCAACAGAAGGAUCAAAAGCCAGCUGCGGAUGGCACUUAUAGUGCUACUCUCGACAAACUUCCCACACAAAUCGAAUCGAUCCAGGACUUUUGGCGUUAUUGCAACAACACUCCGUUCGAUCAGAUUAAAAUGAGGGAGUCGAUUUACCUAUUUAAGCAAGGAUUUCAGCCAAUAUGGGAAGAUAGAAGAAACAUUAAUGGGGGUAGCUGGACAUUUAGGGUUCCAAAACAAAAUGGUCCGGACUUUUUCACUAGAGUUCAAUUGAUGGCUAUAGGAGAGAAGCUUCAAGGCUGUUUGGAACUAGGUAAGCCGUUUUAUACACAUCUCUUGGUUGAGGAAAUACCAGCUGUUUACAGACAAUUGGGGAUCUAUCUUUGGGGGGCUUAAAGACAUGAAAUGUUGAUUUCUAGCGCACCUGAAUCCUCCACGGACAAGUGUUUCGCUUGUUGGGUUGGAAGGGUCAAGUUUUUGAGAUAAAAUACAAAGUAAUACUAACACACAAGUAGGCGAUCAACUUUGCGGUGUUGGUCUCUCUGUUCGUUUCAACUCUCAUCUCGUCUCAAUCUGGCAUCGUGAUGCCUCGAAGCAAAAAUCCAUCGAUGCGUUACUCGCUACGGUCUUGGAGGAACUUCCUGAAGAACUGAAACCCAAGCCCGACAACUUCUUCUAUAAGAAACACUCAGACCACGCCGGAUUCAAGGCUCCACCUCGGGGAAGUACAUCCGAGUCCGCACAGACUGAGGUCACCCCGCCUAAAAUUCAGACGGAGGUUCCAGCAGUCUAAACUGGUUGUUUCAAGAUAUCAAGGAGGUUAUAUGGGAAUUGGCGUCACAGAUAUAUCAACAAAGGUUCAAAUAAUUGAAUACUCAGAAGGUGGAAAGGUGUUUUGUCGGACUGUACCGGAUUUUGCAUAAUCUACUCGAGGCGUUGACAUCAAGAGCAACAACUAAAUAAAUGAAAGAUAUGCAACAAACAACG